CGUUCUCACGUUGUUUUUCAGCUGUUUUUGUGCCAAAUUCAUCACAUGGAGGUGAGGAAAGCUUGCGUCUCGUUUAUGAGGCAAAACCAGCGUAACUUUGAAUCCUAUGUGGAGGGAUCAUUUGAGAAAUACCUUGAACGACUGGGAGAUCCAAAGGAAAGUGCUGGCCAGCUGGAAAUAAGUGCUUUAUCAGUGAUCUACAAUCGAGACUUUAUUCUGUACCGGUACCCUGGAAGGCCACCCACUUAUGCUACAGACAAUGGCUUUGAAGACAAGAUACUACUGUGCUGUUCUGGCAAUGGCCAUUAUGACUCUGUGUAUACAAAACAAUUUCAAGCAAAUGCUGCUAUUUGCCAGGCUGUGUUAUAUGAAAUCCUGUACAAAGAUGUGUUCCUCAUGGAUGAGGAAGAAUUGAGGUCUGCAGUUGAGAUGUUUCGAAGUGGUUCCAAGAAGAACAGAAACAGUGGCUGUGUAGAAAGCGAGGAUACAAACUUUGAUUGUCUUCAUGAAAAAGUACCCAGAAAUCCAUCAGGAAAGAGAGGUGAUGACUGGGAAGGCAAUGAUACUGACAAUCCAGUGGAAGAUAAGUUCAGACAAGGCACUGAAGAAGCAAAGACUCCAGAAAAUUCUUCAAAAAUGCCUUUCCCCUACAAAGUGCUAAAGGCUUUGGACCCAGAGAUUUAUCGAAAUGUGGAAUUUGAUGUUUGGCUGGACAGCAGAAAAGAGCUUCAAAAAACUGACUACAUGGUGUUUGCGGGGAGACAGUACUAUUUAGGAGACAAGUGUCAGGUGCGUCUGGAUCCUGGAGGUAAGUAUUACAAUGCUCAUAUCCAGGAAGUUGGGCAGGAUGGCAACACGGUGACUGUUUUCAUUGAGGAGCUGGCAGAAAAGCAUACCGUUCCUUUGGCAAACCUAAAGCCAGUGACACAAGUGGCACCCGUCCUUGCUUGGAAUGUGGUUCCCAGCCGAAAAGGAGGAAGCUAUCAGAAAGUAGCAGGUGGAUACUUCUCAGGAAUAGAAAUGGAUGUGAAAACACGGAAGAGAUUGCUUAAGAAAGUUCGUGGAAAGGAAGUCUUUAUGACAAUGGCUUAUAGUAGGGGUCAGCCAGUUCUCCCACCCCGGCUACAGCAUGGUGUUCCCUCAGGGCGCUCUCCUCCAGUUCAGUGCUCACAGGGUGGUGGAAACAUGGCACCUUAUGGACCCUAUCAUCCUCAGAAUCCUCCCCAGAGGCAUAACCGUGGAUUUGGAAUGCCAAGGGGAUCUGCCCGAUUUAUAAACAGGCACAACAUGGUUGGCCCUCAAAUAGCAUUCUACCCCAGUCCAGGAAAGAGAUGCUAUCAGAGCUAUGACAGUUUCUCCUGCAGGUCACGUCUAUACAGCCGUAGCUGCCGUCAGAUGCAGUGUGUGAAUAAGGAAUGUCAGUAUGGGUUUGUACCGGAGAAUGGAGAAGAGCCUCAAGGGUCAGAAGAAACAAUAACUUUCUAUGAAAUUGAAGAAGGAGAUGAAACUUCUUUUCCUGCCUUAGCAGGCCAGGGUAGCCCUACUGCAAUUGUCCACAGUCCAGCAGGUUUUUGGGUAGCUAGAAGAGGCCCCAACUCAGUUCCAGCCAACAAGCAGCCCCUGAAUUCCUCAGAGGAGGAUGUAGAAGAAACAGGUCAAAAUGGGAAAUUUCAUGAAGAAUAUCUGUAUGCACCUCCAGAUCCAGACUGUGAAACGGCAACAGUAUUUAGUUCAGCAGAACCUACAGCAAACUUGGAAGAAGGGCCAGUAUCUGUGUCACCUCAAGAUGGAGUGGCUUCCUACAGCUAUCCCCAGAAGGUGAUGGUGAACUCUGCAGUAAUUGCUACCUCCACAGGUGUUAAUGCUGCUCCACCUACAGUCUUCUCCUCAAAUUCUGCCUCCACACAAGCCAGUGUCACAACAGCUGUUCCCCCACAAACAGCAAUUCAACCUGUUCUAAUAUCUCCCACUUCUGUAGGGAGGCCAGUACCAGUUUCUUCACUGCCAUUCCCAAUUUAUUCAGCUCCUCUUCCUCCAACUAAUGAGAUGGGAGAAGCUAGUGCCAUUCCUCCACCUUACUCUUACGAUCCCAGUGGCAGUGAUCUGCCAAGAGAUACAAAGGUCUUGCAGUAUUAUUUUAAUCUGGGAUUGCAAUACUAUCACCAGAGUUACUGGCAUUCCAUGGUCUAUGUACAGCCAGUGCCACCAGCAUCAUCUGUGGAGGCUUAUCCAGCAUAUGCUGAGCCAGCUCAUGUCCUGGAUCAGUCAGUACCUCAGCUCUAUGAUGCUGGGCGAGCUGAGGUCCAUCAGAUUCCCCUCGAUGUGCCUACAAAUGGUAACUUCCAAAACGCAGAGCCUCCAGCCCUGUCCCAUGGCACGGUGUAUUACCCAGUGGUGUCAGACCCAUACAACCAGCCAUCUGCUCCAGGGUUUGACUCUUGCAUCUCUCUAGUACCUGCCUAUCACUGUAUUGGCUCGUGGCAUUCAUUAAAUCCACCAUAUGGAAAUUCUCCACGAGUUCCUAAUGCUGUAAGUUCCGGACAGCUGCACCAAGUCAGCUAUGUUGCCUCACCUAACCCUGCAACACAUUAUGUGCAUCAAGGAAUGUAAGUCCGGGAGGGUGUAAGCUCAUUUCUUGCACUUAGUUUUUCUCAUGUCUUUUUUCAUCAACUUACAUUGUUUUGUAAGUCUUUGUCUCAGUGGGCUGGGGUGACGGAUUAAAUUGUGUUCGAUUCCAUGUUUCUUUCCAGGUUUAUGCUAAUGAUAAUCAGCUUGACUGGAUGAAGUUUUGGUAGUUCAUUUAAGGCAGCAUAGGAAAGGCGUAUAUGUAAACUAGCUCAGGGGAACACAAUGUGUGUAUUAGACUACAUAAAAAAAUGUGUAAAAACAUACUGUCACUAAGGGAAAAUUGCAUUACGUACCUGUGUGAGUGGGUACACUACAACACUUAAACACAUGGUUCUUGUACAGCACAGCUGCCGUUACAACCACAGCAAAAAAUUGGGUGCAGAGUUUGUUAGAGGACAGAAUAGCUUGAAAUAAGUUGGUGUUCUCAGAUUUCACAAAACAAAACUUUUUUUGCCGUUGGUAAUCACAUAUUUGUAAUAUGUGAUUUUGUUCUGUGUUGGCUUCGUGUCUCCUAAAAGUGUAAGAUACUGCUUCAACCUGUUCUACUGCAUAUCGGUGUGUAUUUGUAAGAUAUGUUUUGUGAAAGCUGUUGCACGAGUGGUGGUAGUUCUGGUGUCUAAUUUGCACUGAUAGCACAAAAUAAAAGCAUCUAACCCAUGGAAAUGCGUGGUUGUUCAUUACCAGCACUUCACGUUCAUGACAGUAAUUUACCCAGCGGACAGCACUGAAGAAAUACUGU